GCCGCCUCAAGGACUGCACGCAACCUGAUCAACAGCUGCUUGCCAUUUAGAGCUUUUGAGAAUGCUUUUUGAUUCCGCUCGAUAGCAGAGUUUGUAAAAACAAUGCAGUCCCGAAUAAGACUCGAAAUUUGACAACGCUUGGACCUUAAACGUAUUGUCUCCUUUGGAAGAUGAAGUAAUCCGGUUGGGUUUGCGUAAUGUUGAAACCUUCUUUCUCCCCGUUACUCCGUCAACAUCUGGAUUAACCAUUUGAAGUCAACGGUCCAGAAAUAAUUCAUUUUGAAUCUAUUAUCUUGUUCGUGGGCUCUCACGAGUGUCCUGGACUGUAAUUUUGGGGAUGACUUUUCGGACGAGUUUUGCACAUAUAUUAUGCAGUCUUUAGGAUGGGUGCGAACAAUGGGAAACAGUACGGGAGCGAAGGCAAAGGGAGCUCCAGCAUCUCUUCUGACAUUAGUUCAAGUACGGAUCACACACCGACUAAAGCUCCAAAGAAUGUAGCUACCACCGAAGGCUCCGACCCGAGCGUGCGGACCCUAAGCACCCCCAGCCCUGGCCUCAUCCUGCCCCCCUCCCACUCCCCCUUAGCCCUCCCCAGCAAUGGCCAUGAGUCCACCUCCUCCUCCUCCUCCACCCCAGCAGAAACAGUUGCCAUGGUGCAUUCCCAGCCGGGCCAGCACACACGCACCCGCCAAUCAAAAGGCCACCACCACGCCGCCAUCGACCUCCUCCCCGACCACAUCCUCCUGCAGAUCUUCAGCCACCUGCCCACCAAUCAGCUGUGCCGCUGCGCGCGGGCGUGCCGCCGCUGGUACAACCUGGCGUGGGACCCUCGCCUGUGGGCCACGGUCCGCUUGACCGGGGAGCUGCUCCACGCCGACCGCGCCCUCAGGGUGCUGACUCACCGGCUGUGCCAGGACACCCCCAACGUGUGUCUGACCCUGGAGACGGUGGUGGUUUCUGGCUGCAGGAGGCUCACCGACCGGGGCCUGCACAUGGUGGCCCAGUGCUGCCCGGAGCUGCGGCGCCUGGAGGUGGCCGGUUGCUACAACAUCUCCAACGAGGCCGUCUUCGAGGUGGUGUCCCGCUGCCCCAACCUGGAGCACCUCAACCUCUCAGGCUGCUCCAAGGUGACCUGCAUCAGCCUCACCCAGGAGGCCUCAGUCCAGCUGCCCCCCCUACACGGCCAGCAGAUCUCCAUCCACUUCCUGGACAUGACCGACUGCUUCUCCCUGGAGGACGAGGGCCUGCGCACCAUCGCCUCCCACUGCCCGCGCCUCACCCACCUCUACCUGCGGCGCUGCACGCGGCUGACGGACGACGCGCUCCGCCACCUGGCCCUCCACUGCCCCUCGGUGCGCGAGCUCAGCCUCAGCGACUGCCGCCUGGUGGGGGACUUUGGGCUGCGCGAGGUGGCCCGCCUGGAGGGCUGCCUGCGCUACCUGAGCGUGGCGCACUGCGGCCGCAUCACCGACGUGGGGGUGCGUUACGUGGCGCGCUACUGCCCGCGGCUCCGCUACCUGAACGCGCGGGGCUGCGAGGGGCUCACGGACCACGGGCUGGGGCACCUGGCGAGGAGCUGCCCCAAGCUGCGCUCCCUGGACGUGGGCAAGUGCCCGCUGGUGUCGGACAGCGGGCUGGAGCAGCUGGCGAUGUACUGCCAGGGUCUGAGGAGGCUGAGUCUGAGGGCGUGCGAGAGCGUGACGGGACGAGGGCUGCGCGCGCUGGCUGCCAACUGCUGCGAGCUGCAGCUGCUCAACGUGCAGGACUGCGAGGUGUCGCCGGACGCGCUGCGCUUCGUCCGACGACACUGCAGACGUUGUGUCAUCGAGCACACAAACCCUGGCUUUUUCUGAAAGAGGUGAAAAGAUGGGGGGGGGGGGCGGUGUUUGAUUCGGGCUCUGACAAGUGGAUGUUGCAACAUUCCUGCUCUGGGGUUUCACGCAUGAGAGGAGCAAAGUUGUGGAAGCUGGUGUGCAAUAUUUGCCUUUUUGUUCAUUCUUUAUUUGCAUGGUUGUUGAUAAUGCUGUCCUUUGAGUACAUUUAUAUGGAAUGUAUUUAACAUAUUUAUCUGUAAAAAAAAAAAGGGAAACAACUUUUCCAAUGUAUUGCUUGUGUUUUGCAUCCGUUUGUGACGUAUUGUUACAGUAUGCUACAGCAAUGAGCACUGGGUACAGAGAAGCAGGUGAUACCCUUCUUAUUUUACUUUUAUGUUUUUUGUCCUAUAUCACAACAACUUUCAAAACAGACUACCAUCUACAGUUAUAUCAUAUUUAUUAUAAGCAGCAAAUUGUUUCCAACUAAACCACUAAGAAUGUAGCCCCCAGCAGGAAGCGUGCCUGGUAACCUUAAGGUCUUGCCUGACCCUUUUCAGUCUUAAUAAGUGCUUUUGGGGGUUUUAUAAUGUGUACAUUAUGCACUUUAACAGAUGCAAAAAGACUAUCACUAACAAUGAGCUUGAUGUGUCUGACUGAUUUGUUGUGCAAUGUACAGUAUAUAGACUCAACCAAGCUUCUCCUACCAAAGACCUGAAAAGAACAGAGUGGAUGUUGUUUAAGUGACCAGGAACACAUUGCUGCUACAAUUACUCUAAUAAAUGCCUUCGUAAUGAACUUA